AUGACCCCACCGUCCCGCUCACGCACAGCAUCCGCAUCCUCCCUCCCACCCACCGGCAGCGCAUCACGGGCUAUGAGUGCGAGUUCACUGCCCAAUGUGGAUAAACCCCUCCCCGAACCGCCCCGGUCGGACUCUGGGGCGAAGGUGGAACAGGAAAUGGAGACGGAGGGGAACGUGAAUACGAAUACGAGUUCGCCAAGGGUGUCGUCGCAGACGUUUGGGUUGUCGUUGAGCUUGACGCGUCCGACGGGUGCGGCCGAGGCCCCCGCUGCGUUGUGGGCGGGGGCUGCGUCGCGGAGUGGGAGUCUGAGUGGGUCGGGGAAUGUGGGGAGUGCAGGGAGUAUACGCAACAGUGCGGACUCUGCGGUGGACGAAGGUGCGAUGAGGGUGUCCUCCCCACCGAGAUCGAUCACGAUGCCGAGACGGAGCGAGGGUGCGAGUGGGAGUGGGGCGGGGUUGGAUAGCCCGACGUCGGUGCAUCUGCCGGAGUUUGAGUUUGAGAAGAGUUCGUUUGUCAAGACGCUUGCUGAUGACGGGGCGAGGGGGGAUGUUGACGCGUCAACGGUUGAAGGACGCGCGGGGGAUAGCGUUGAGCCUGGUCUGGAUGAAAAUGCGCUGCGGGGUGGUGAGGAGAAGCCGCCAUUGCCUUUUGGACUGGGGUCAGACACGGCUUCGCACAGGAAUUCGGUGCUGUUGGGGAUAGGUGGACAGCAAGGUGACGCGCAGAAAGGAGAUGCGGGGCAGGGCGGGAAGCCAAAAUUUUGGUCGGGGUUCAAGAGAUCGGUCAGCGGAAAUAUUGCGAAAUUACGCUCGACCAGAUCAACCGCCGACUUCAAAAACGUGGCCAGUUCGCAUUCGGCGGUAGCAGGCGAACACAGCGAAACUGGGCCGAAGGAGAUCAGCAUGCACAGCAAUUUGACUUCGGAGAACAUUACUCGCAUUUUUGGAACGGCCGAUACGCACCCGCGCGAUGCGUCGACUGAGGUGCCGCCGCGGCAUAUGUCUAGCACAUCUCAGCCGCCUUCGAUAACGUUGUCGUCCCAAGGGCAGCCCCAUGGAGAACAGAACGACAACAGCAAUAGCCAUGCGGACCCAUCAGCCACGACAACCGGGCACGAUUUCCGCAAACGAAGCAGCUCGCACGUAGCCUCCUCCAGUCCGGCAACGAACGACCACGGCCCGCGAACAGACAGCGCCGCCCGCCCAGGAUCCGCCGGCCACCUCGCCACAACCACACCCUCAACAACCCGCCCAUCCCUCUACAUCCCCCUAAACGGCUCCCCACCCUCCCCCACAAUACGCAACCUCGACCCCUCCCGCCGCGCCCCCCGCCCCGUCUCCUACGCCGGCCCCUCUGCAAGCCCCUGGGUCCUCACCGACCCGCAAAAAUCCGCCGAAUCAACAAGCACACCCACCAGCCCCGUCUCCUCCUCCCCCCUCAACCCCGACACGCGGCGGCAUCAUUCCCCCGACCCCGAGACACCCGACACGGCCGAAUUACCACCACCGAGGGAUUGGAAGACGAUGGACCCGGCGGAAGUCGGACGGUUAUUGUUCGACGAUGACUUUUGGGAGAUACCUGUGGAUAAAGUGGCCGAGGUGAUUGGAAAGGCUGGCGUGAGGAGUGAGAAGGUGUUGGGGGAGUUCAUGAAAGGCUUUGGCUUUGGGGGCGUGGAGGUGGAUGAGGGGAUACGGGCUGUGGCGGAGAAAGUGUUGAUGGCGGGGGACUCGCAGGUGCUGUUGAGGAUCUUGACGGGGUUUGCGAGGCGGUGGUGGGAGUGUAACCCGGACCGGCAGCAGAUUUAUUUAGAUCCUGUGAUUGUCGAAACGUACGCGAACUGCAUGAUGCUACUCAACACGGACCUGCACGUCGCCAACGCCGGAGGGCGCGGGAACAGAAUGACGAAAGCUAAAUGGGUGCCUCUCAUCAUUGAGACUCUCGUUCAGAACGGGGAAGGGAUGGACCUUUUUGGCAGUGAGGAGGGGAAGGUGGUCAAGAAGGCUUGGAUCAAGGUGAUCGAGCCGGUUUUGAAGCGGACGUUUGACCGGAUAGCCAAAACCCCGCUACCGCAACGCCAAGCAACCAAGCCCUCCAUCGAACUCACCCGCGCGGACGACACGGGCCAUGGCCUGUUCAACAAAUCCCCCUCCAUGCCCCGCCUGCACCGCGACGCCUCGUCCCUCUCCCUCGCAUCCACAAUCUCCACAGGCACCAUGUUCUCCAUCUCCGACAAACGCCGCACAAUGACCAGCGGCCUCGGGGGUGGUGGUAACUCACCCUUCACAUUCCGCCGAAAAUCAGACUCAAGAACCGUGUUUGGACCCGACCCCACCGCCGGCGGGCUCAGCCUCGACUCCCAAUUACACCUCGCCACGGGGGGACAUUUCCUCCAAGACGGAAGAUGGGUGAGCGCCGACGACCACGCCACCUCCUCCUCCCCCGGCAGCGCGAGCGAUACCGCCCUAGGUGGAGGACCCGACCCAACCGUGCGCUGCGAAGGCAUCCUCAUCCGCAAACACCGCAACGAAGCCAACGACGUGAAAGCCAAAAACCGGCAAUGGAUAAAAUUCCUCUGCGCGCUUCGGUUGGAAGUUCACGCGGGCACGUUGGAGAUGGUGAUGCAGAAGCUGGAGCGCGAGGGGAAUGCGGGGUUCAGUGCGAGUGAGUGGGGGGCGUCGGGGAGCAGUGAUGCGCUUGAGGGAGGGGUGCCGAUGGUGAGCGUGGCGACGGCGGAUAGUUUGGGAUGGGGGGGGACGUAUCCGAGGUUGAGUGUGGGCACGGAGCGGAUGAGGGCUACUAGUGAGGUGCCGAGGCAUAGCGUCCGAGCAACCCCCGCAGCCCACUCCCCCUCGUCCCCCUCCACAACCCAACCCUUCAACCUCCUCCACUCCCUCGCCACCCCCCUCCCACCACCCGGCUACUCCCCCCUCCGCCCCCACGUCUUCACCCUCCGCCUCUCCGACGGGCAGAUCUACCUCUACCACGCGCCCAGCGCCGACAUUGUCCGCGAGUGGGUGCAUACCAUCAACAUCUGGGCCGCGAGGAAAUCGAAGGAACCGUUGGCGGGCAGUGGCGGGAAUGCGGAGUACGGGUGGGGACCGUUGGAGGCUGAGCGGGUGUUACGGAGGGACGCGGAGAAGGAUAGGGAGCUGGAACGGAAGGCGUUGGAUACCCUCCCGGGGGCCGACGAUGUGGCGACGACUUCCUCUAGGGGUCAGAGUUUGGAUGACAACAGCAGUCCCGUGGCGACGGGCGGCGAGUCGGUGGUUUCGGCGGCGCUGUCGGACGAAACGGGCGUCGCGGUCGUCGGGUCGCCUGAUUCCCCGGCCGCGCCUGCAUCCAGCAGCGCGACAACGACAACGACAACCACAGGGACAGGCACACGGUACGCGGCCUCCAUGCGCAGCUUCGUCAGCGCCAACAGCACCGAAAGCGGCCGGUCAAGCGCCACCAUGCCCGCGCUCGGCUCCCACCUCUCCUCUUUGAGUGGGGGGUACACCAGCAACACCCUCCCGCACGGCGGCUACCACGGCGGCUACCACGCGCACGGCAAACCCCCCCUAAGCUCAGCCCACGUGAUGCAGCACAGCAACAGCAUGCCUAUCCCCCGAGACGCGCGCGCCGCGAAGGAAGAAGCCAAACGUGUGAGAAAGAUGAAGAUCGAGGAGUGGAAUGCCCCCGUGCCGAGUGGGCGCGUGAUGAGUGUGUUGGGCGAGGAGGAGCAGUUUGCGGUGUGGAAACGGCAGAGGGAUAUGGUCUAUGCGGAGAUUGAGGUGCAUUCGGCGUAUAGGGCGGGAAUGGAGCGGUUGUAUGUGACACACCCGCCCCACCGCCAAAAAGCCCUCGCGAACUGGAUGCGCAAACAGCGCUGGCUCAUGCGCGAAUACGACAAAUACAGCACCUACGCGCAGUUGCUCCAUGACGCUAUCGUCGAGCGGCAGAACAGGGAGAUGGCGGCUGCUGCUGCUGUUGCGGCUGCUUCGGCGUCCGCGGGGAGUUGGGGCUUGUCGGCGGCGGUGGGCAAUUCGGAUCCGAGUGUUGGGGAUGCUGGCACUGGUGCUGGUGUCAAGAGUGAGGCGGGCGUGGUUGGCCCUGUGUCGGUUAUUUCACCCGAGGGGGAUGGUGAGGAUACCGCAUCUCAGCAAUCACAACAACACGCAACGCAAUCCGCCCAUCACCUCCACCCCGCCACGCCAGCACACAUCACCACCACAACAACCCACGCACCAACCCCAACAUCCAGCGCACCCCCGACCCCGACAUCCGCAGGUACAGCCUCCCGCCGCCGGUGGUCCUUCACAAACGCCAUCCUGGGCCUCACGGGCGCCGGACCCAACCAUCAACCGAAUUUCGACCCCGUGGAGAAGACCACCGUCUCGCAUCUCCCACCACCUGUUCCCGUAACGCAUGCGACGCCGGUGCAGCAGCAGACGCACAGGGUGCUGGUACCCCUGAAAGACGCGCCUGUCGGGGCGGGCGAUGACGGGGGGGUCUCCACUGGGACAUCACCAACGAACGCGACACCUGCAACACUCCCGUUUCGACGCCGCGCGGGAAGCGUGAGUCUGGAUAUGAUCUCGGAAGCCGCGGGCGAUGACGGGUCCAAUGCCGCUGCUGCCCCCGCCGGUUCGGCCAUACCAGCACCCACCGACCCGACCGUUGGCGGCGACACACACACCCUCGUCGCUACCCCACCGACCGCCGCGCCACCGUCGCACUCGUUCACGAAGAAACGGAGAGGGAGUUUGGGCAGCGCUUUGGGCGGUGGACCUCCGGGUGUCGGGCUGGGUACACCGUUACCGCCGACGAUGCCGACCCCCGAUCCGUCGAGGGUGUCGCUGGGUGUGGGACAUGCCGGUGUGGGAGACGCCGAGGACGGGACUGGCGAGCGGGUGUCACCUGCGGGUGGGGACUCGAGCAUCCCGACGGAAUCAUCCCGGUCCGAGGACACGCCGUGA